UCCUGUCAAUAUGCGGCUAGGGUUUCUAGUGGCACUUGUCUGCAGUGGCAUUGACGUCUCGUCUGCGCAAAAUAGUCCACAGUGCGAUGGAUUAGAGGACACAUUAAGGUUCGAUUGUUAUCCCGAAAAUGGGUCUGAUGAAAGUAAGUGCAGGGUCCGUGGAUGUUGCUGGAGGUUGCCGACAGUCGAUGGAAGUGAGCAGUUUCCGCCUCUGAAUGUCCCAUAUUGUUUCUAUCCAAGGAACUAUGUUGGCUAUGAAAUGGUCAAUCAAACAAACAGCUCGAAUGGAGCUAGUAUCUUCCUUAAGCGUCGUACUCCGUCAAAUAUCGACGUCGACGUUAAUCUUGUACGGGUGGACGUCAUUCAUCAAAGUAAAAGCAUUCUUCGUAUUAGAGUUGUUGACCCGUCAGUCGAUAGAUGGGAACCGCCUCUGCCAAGACCACCUGCCCCUGUUAACAGUUCUGACUACGCCUAUUCAUUUUCAUUGACCACGAACGGCAAACUCGAAGUUUUUCGCUUGCACAAUACUUGUGUCACCACCAAAAUAGUGAGUCUCAAUCUGGCAUCGAUGGUCUACACCGACAACUUCAUUCAGAUAAUAAAUUCUCUUCCAUCUGACGUACUCUAUGGUCUGGGCGAGCACAAAGGAAGGCUACGACGAUCUAUGAACUACACACGCCUUACCUUCUACAACGAGGAUCGUGCUCCAGAAUAUAACGCGCGACUUUAUGGAUACCAGCCACUGUAUAUCAAUGUCGAGUCGGAUGGACGUGCCAAUGGCGUAUGGCUUUUCAAUUCAAACGCGCUUGACGUCAUCCUUACGCCAGCUCCAGCUGUUACCUACCGACCUGUCGGCGGCAUCCUUGACUUUUUUGUGUUCACCGGGCCCACUCCCGCCGAUGUUGUCAAGCAAUAUCAAGAUAUUGUAGGUAAACCAAAAAUGGUGCCAUACUGGUCGCUCGGGUACCACCUUUGCCGAUUUGGUUACCAUAACACUGAGGAUACCCGGCAGGUGUUACAGAAAAACCUCGAUGCAGAAGUCAGAGUCGACGUUCAGUGGAACGAUAUAGACUAUAUGAACAAGCGUAAUGGCUUCACCGUCGACCCGAUCAACUAUGGAGACCUUGGUCAUUUCGUCCGGGACUUGCACAAAGACGGACGCCACUACGUUCUUAUUAUCGAUCCCGCUGUAAGUGGCAGUGAAACCUCUGGUACAUAUCCUCCGUUCGAUCGGGGCUUCGACUACAAUGUAUUCGUUAAGGAUUCCAACGGGAAACUUGUUUAUGGCAAGGUAUGGAACUUUAAGUCCAGUGUCUUUCCUGACUUCACUCAUCCAAACGCCACUGCUUACUGGACCGAAAUGUUCCAGAGCCUCCACAAGGAUGUUCCGUUUGACGGUGCAUGGAUUGACAUGAACGAACCAUCAAACAUGGUGAAUGGUCACAUGAACGAGGGCUGCCCAGCUGAUAUCGGAAUCGUUUACACGCCUGGUGACGAGCCUCUGGCUACCAAAACACUCUGCAACUCUGACCAGCAUCAUUGGUCCUCACACUAUGAUGUCCAUAACAUGUACGGAUUCACCGAAUCAAUUGCCACCUACGACGCAUUGGCGACAACGAGGCCUAAAAAGAGACCCUUCAUCAUUUCGCGAUCUACGUUCUCGGGUAGUGGAUUCUACGCAGGACACUGGACAGGUGACGUGUGGUCAUCAUGGACAGAUCUUAAGGAUUCCGUCUCCGGAAUCCUCGAGUUCUCCUUCUAUGGAGUCCCGAUGGUAGGCGCAGAUAUUUGCGGAUUUAAUGGUAACACGACGGUGGAGUUGUGUGCUCGCUGGCAGGCCCUCGGUGCAUUCUACCCGUUCUCCCGUAAUCACAAUACGGACGAUGCCAUAGCUCAAGAUCCCGCCUCUAUGGGUGAUAAGGUUCUUAUUCCAACAAGGAAUGCAUACUACUGGCGCUACAAGCUGCUGCCAUACCUCUACACGUUGUUCUAUCGUGCACACGCGUUCGGAGAAACGGUUGCUCGUCCAUUGUUUUUUGACAACCCAUCUGAUCGUGCAACGUACGAUAAUGAUGAUCAGUUUAUGUGGGGAGGCGCACUCAUGGUCGUUCCUGCUCUCUACCAAGAUCAAAAAGUUAUUAAUGCUUACUUUCCCAAAGGCAUCUGGUACGAUCUUCAGAACCGAACUGAUAUCAUUGACGCGUCCCAAGGUGGAAAGGCCGUUGCUCUACCUGCUUAUGAUGAUACUAUAAAUUUCUUCAUGAAGGGUGGUUACUCAGUGUUCUUCCAAGAGCCCGGAGCGACGACAACAGAAUCUCGCUCUAAUCCCUUCGGUCUAUAUAUUUUCCUGAACGAACACAAUAAUUCCGAGGGAGAAUUGUACAUUGACGACGGUGAAAGCAUUGAUUCUAUUCCCAAGGGCCACUACCGUGUAGUGAAAUCUAUUAUUAAUAGCCGGAUGCUUAUGAUUGGAUCAAUGGGUGGUAACGGUACGGACCAGAUACUCGACCGCAUUCAUGUCUAUGGUAUUAAGAGCGCACCGAAGUAUAUCUCCACUGCUACGAAAAACCUUUCCGACUUUGCAUAUGAUGCCCAGCGCCAGUUAUUGACUUUAUACAACCUCAACUCGUCAAUGAUAUUCCUGUCAAUGAUCUUCUUUUAUUAGAUUUAAUUUCAUUUUUAGUCUUCUAUCCAUCUUCAGUAAAUUACAUGCAGCCAAGUUUAA